AUGAAGGGGACACAGUUAUCUCUCCUCGCGAGCCUGGUCGUCCAGCAGGCCGCCGGACACGCCAUGUUCCAGCAGCUCCCGAGUCCAAGGCUGACGAGGCCCGACCAGCACGGAUCACAAUGCGCGCGUGUGCCAAAGUCGAACUCGCCGGUGCAGAACCUCGGAGGCGCCGACCUCAGGUGCAACGUGGGCGGCGGGCGUGGCAUCGCGGGCAAAUGCCCCGUCCCGGCGGGCGGCACGGUCACUGUGGAAAUGCAUGCGCAACCGAACGACCGGAGCUGCAAAAACGAGGCCAUCGGGGGCGCGCACUACGGCCCCGUGAUGGUGUACCUCAGCAAGGUGCCCGACGCGUCGCGGGCGGACGGGUCGGCGCCGUGGUUCAAGAUCUUCGAGAACGGGUGGGCGUCGACCGGUGGGGUGGGCGACAACGACGAGUGGGGCGUCAAGGACCUCAACAAGUGCUGCGGCAAGAUGGACGUGCCGAUCCCGCGCUCGCUCGCCGCGGGCGACUACCUGCUGCGCGCCGAGGUCAUCGCGCUGCACACGGCCGGGUCGGCCGGCCAGGCGCAGCUGUACAUGACGUGCUACCAGAUCACCGUGACGGGGUCCGGGACCUGGUCCCCGCCGGCCUCGCAGAUGGUGUCGUUUCCGGGCGCGUACAAGACCAACGACCCGGGCAUCCUGGUCAACAUACACUCCAAGCUCAGCAAAUACGUCGUGCCGGGGCCAAAGGUCGCCGAGGGCGGCUCGACCAAGACGGCCGGGUCCGGCUGCUCGUCGGGGUGCGCCAAGACGUGCACGGCCGGGUCGGGCAAGAAGGGGAACGUCAUCGUGGCCGAGCCCGGGGCAGACGCGGGCGGGACGGAGCCGUGCGCGCAGGCCAGGUUCGAGCAGUGCGGAGGGCAGGGCUGGACGGGGUGCACAAGCUGCAUGCAAGGAGCGGCAUGUAAGGACAUGUCAGGGGGGUACUAUUCCCAGUGUGUGUAG